CAUUGAGCGCCCCGGGCCGCGCCGCCUGCCGCGGUGCUGUGCUGCGCCCUGCACAGCUUGUAACGUUGAACGCCGAGCGGAGCAGGCGGCCAUGGGGAGCCUCCGCGGCCUGCGCCUGGCGGCAGGAAACUGUUUUAGGUUAUUUGAAAGAGAUGCUUGCUCGUCGCUGGGACUCACCAGAAACUCCGCUGUGAAGAGAAUAAGUGAAUUUUGCACCAAACCACAAGAAACUUCUAAAGCUUCAUCCAACACCUACACCCACAGAGUACCACUGCACAAGCCUACGGACUGGGAAAGGAAGAUCCUCAUCUGGUCAGGUCGCUUCAAAAAGGAGGAGGAUAUCCCGGAGACGAUCUCGUUCGAGAUGCUUGAUGCUGCGAAGAACAAGAUCCGCGUGAAGAUCAGCUACAUAAUGAUUGCCCUGACGGUGGCCGGCUGCAUCCUGAUGAUCAUUGAGGGCAAGAAGGCUAUGAAAAGAAACGAGUCUUUAACAAGCUUGAACCUGGAAAAGAAAGCUCGUCUGAGAGAAGAAGCAGCUAUGAAGGCCAAAGCUGAGUAGCAAAGGUAUUCAUGUUCGGCUGGAUUUUGAAAAUCCAGGAAUCAUGUUGCAGCACCAAGCCCGUGUUGAAAACACUGUGGGAUGAGGCUUCGUCCCACAAAUAUGUUUUGCACAAAUUUAUACUCUCUCCCUAUUUCUGUUCCAGAGGUACAAAUAAAUUUUCUUGCAGAAUGACUUGCCUAUGUUUUAUAACUUUGAUCCAAGUAAAAUGUAACCUACCUUUCGGCUUUUGGAGAAAAUAAAAGAUGAGAAUUUAUUUCAACUUUAAAUUCUUUACAGAAUCAAGUACUGUCUUCACAUCUUACUUUUAUUCUCUUUAACACAGCAACUUUUCUCCAGAGGCCAAAAUAGAGUCUCAUCCUUUGUCUCUGUCCUGUGUAAAGCCAGCCUUCCUCGAUGCCAGGGUGCUUGCACAGAGCCUGGCUUCAGAGGCAGCCGUGUCUCCCGCUGUGGGUCUCCAAGUUGCCUGGCAGCCAAAGACACCGAGAAGAUGCUCUUUCAAUAUAAAAAUGUAAACGCAGCAAGGUGAACAUGUUGUCUGGCCGGGAUUUCUGAGGACUCAAAUCCCAACACUGUGGGAUUCUUUCAACUCUGUGCCUAAAAGUCCCCUCCGGGCCCCCCCAUCCCUUCCUGCCACCUAAGAAACUAAACUGCUUAGUCACAAAGUCUCAUCUAUUUCUUACUGAGAGACCAGCAUAUAUCGUGUAUAUCUUACUCUCUAGACUUUGGGCCUCCAAGUUGUCUCCUCUUUAGGUAUGGUUGCUGGUUCCUAUUUUAAACGUGUAUUUAUUCUCACAUGCCUCCUAAGUAUUCCUGGGUGGCAAGGUGUUCUAGCCAACCCAAUGUGCUCAUCACCUGCAGAGUUAGAUUAAAAAGUCACCUGUAUAGCUGUUUGGGAAGUUGUUUUACUAAGCUACUAUGCAGAACAUAACCCAGCACCCGCAGCUCAGACGCCACCUGGUGGUCAUAACGCCUCUGCACACUUUACAGCAGCUGCAACUUAGCUUUUUCAAGCAUCAAGUGCUCUGAGCUUUCUCAUUCAUUUUCCUGGAUUUUUUUAGGACACCUAUAUAAAUAUGGGUAAGUUAAGUUUUAAUGUGCCAUUUUUAACUGUUGAAAAGCAUUUCAAAGCCUGUACCUUGGGGAUUCACUGUAAUAAAAACAUUUUACUCAACUACAA